AUGUCAGAAUAAUAAUCAUUAACAUUAUGUGAUUGUGGAGAGCAUAACCAUAUUUGUGAUACCUCUACUCAUAAGGAUCAUCAUAAUCAUAAAAAUCAUGAUCAUGAUCAUUGCGAUCACGAUCACGAUCAUCAUCACCAUGAUCAUGAUGAUCAUAAUCAUGAAGAUGAUCACCAUCAUCAUUUUGAACCUGAAAUUGAAAAAAAUCAAGAUUCUCAAUUACUGAAAUUCAUUUUUGGAAGUCCAGAUUAUAAAUAUGCAGCUAUUAUAGCUUUUAUUUAUUCUGCAUAUGCAGUUUAAGCUUUUUACUCAGGGUUAACAAGUUCAAGUGUUCAUUUGACAGAGGAAAGUUUUGAUUGUAUGUUAAAUUCAAUAGUCAUUGUGUUUGCAAUCUAUUGUGGUAUUAAAGCCAAAACCUUUCAACCAACAAAAACAUAUCCAUUUGCUAUGUAAAGAUUAGAAUAUUUAUCCUCUUUUACAUUAUGUAUACAUGUGUCUAUUUUAACAAUGUUUCAAAUAUCGAGAAAUGCUCAUGAAAUCCUUGAGGAUCUAGAUGUUAUUAGUCAUCCUGUUGAUUAACAUUAAUUAAAUUAGAAUAAUGAAUUGUACUAUGCUUCAUUGAGAAUAAUCUUGUCAUUUGUGGGCAUCUUUUUAUUUGUAGAAUACAUCCAACCAAAUUUUAUUACUGACAAAGAAUAACUAUAAUAAUUCAUUCAUAAUUAUAAAGAUUUAAUAGGUGGGAAUCCAUCUAAAUAUUUUUAUACUCAUUAUUUGAAUAUGCAUGCAAUUACUAUGUUAUUUUUAUGUGAAUUGCUCUUUAAUAUCGGCACAUUUUUAGAAUGCAUGCUUGAUAAUACUUUAUCUUAUGCAGCCAUAGGCACAAUUAUUGCUAUGACAAACACAAUCAUUAUUAUUGUAUUAUAUUAUUUUAUUAAGAUUCAAUUGUAACCAUUAGUUCAAAUAUCUAUUUAGGCUUUACUUUUAGCAACAAAUGAUAAAUUCUCUGGAAUACGACAAAGACUAUCAGAAUUCAAUAGUGAUGUCUAUAUCUGGAAUCAUGGAGCAGAAUAUAAUGCAAUAAUUAUGGCAAAAGGUUCAAAAAAGAGAGAAACUAGACAAAAGAUUAAAGAAAUAGUCAAUAAUAAAUUUAAAAAUUGUUUUGUAAAUAUUUCUUGA